CAUAGCUAGGUGGUAUGCUCGAUAACUUCGCAAGAUCUUACUGGGUUACCGGCACAGAUACGGCGUCUGAAGAAGUGCCAUGCAGGCUGGGCUGGAAGGCCAGGGGUAUCUCGUGCCGCACAUCUUUUACUAAGGAUCGCCUGUACCUUCUUGCUUGUGCAUCUUGGCUUCCCUCUGUGCAAGUGGCAGGGCCUAGCUUAUCUACACGUCUUCUGAGGUGGUCGGGACUUUUUGAUAUAGCGCUGAGCCGAGAUAGUGUCUCGAGCGCUUUGGUCUGGAUCGUCCUUUCACCGGCUUGAGGAGCAGAACAUAUAAAGACCCACCGGUCGCCUCGUUGGAUUCGCGUCCACUAUCAGAGUCACCACAACUCCUUGCGCUCUAUCAAUCCUGUUCUGUGGUACGCUUCGUCCACAAUCCGAAGUUAUGGCGGAAAAGACCGAUAUUCCUCUCACGAGUGCCGAGCCGACUGUGCAGACCAACACUGCAUCCGACCAAGGCAGCAUUGAACAUGUCGUCCCAGAAGGUGUCGAUAUCGCCCUUGGGUGGUUCGAGGAAAUGCGAAGGAUCCCUCAAGCAGAGCUCGAAGCUGAGAGUGCGGCUGUCCGACGUCGAUGUGAUUGGAUUCUUAUGCCUGUCAUCUGUUUCACUUACGCUCUCCAAUUCUUGGACAAUGCUGUCCUAGGAUAUGCAUAUGCAUAUGGUGUCUUGGAAGACACUGGGAUGGAUGCCUCUGACUACAACUGGCUAGCCAGUAUAUACUACUUUGGCUACCUCUUUUGGGCAUAUCCUUCGACCCUGUUGCUUCAGAAACUGCCUGUUGGACUUUAUACAGCCAUCCUCAUCUUCUUAUGGGGUUUCUUGACCUUGAUGUGCUGCGUCGCCUCUUCGUUCGCUGGCUUUGCUGUCCUUCGCUUUCUCCUGGGCUGUCUCGAAGUUGGCAUCACACCUACUAUGAUGAUUAUCACCUCAUCUUUCUACAAGCGAGAGGAAACACCCGUCCGAAACAGUUUCUGGCAGUCCUCCUUUGGAAGUGGUGUCGUUUUCCUCUCAAUUGUCUCCUAUGGUAUCGGCAACAGCCACAGCAGCAUCUCCAACUGGAAGCUUGUCUUCCUGUUCGUGGGUGCUCUCACGACCCUUUGGGCCGCAGUGUUCUAUUUCCUUGUGCCCAACACACCAACUGAGACCCGCUGGUUGACCCGCCGCCAGAAACUGGUUGUCAUUCAUCGCAUUUCUACCAACAAGAUCGGAAUCAAAGAUAAGAAACUCAAACCUUACCAGAUCAAGGAGGCAUUGGUCGAUCCGAAAAUGUGGCUUCUCUGCGCUUUUCAGAUCACCAACGGUAUCUGUAACUCGAGUGUCUCUGCAUUCGCCUCUCCUCUGAUUGAAGGCUUUGGAUUCACGGGCCUCCAGACUGUCCUCCUCCAGAUGCCCACAGGUGGUUUCGUGGCUAUCAUUGAGCCCGUCCUCGGUUACAUUGCAACCAAGAUCCCUAACACAAUCAUAUGGAUCUCAAUCGCCGCAAACAUUCCCAACGUCGCAGGAUUGUUCGGUAUCAGGUUCAUCAAGCGAACUCCAGAGCAUAAGUGGGCUCUGCUCGGUUGUACUUGGCUACAAUUCAUCUUUGGAGUCACCAAUCUGUUCAGCUGGACGCUCACCGCUGCCAACUUCGCUGGUCACAGCAAAAGAUCCUUUGUCAAUGCCAUGGUCUUCGCAGCAUUCGGGGUUGGCAACCUUAUUGGUCCACAUAUAUUCUUUCCCUCGCAAGCACCUGUUUAUCAGUCAGCUAUCACCGGUCUGCUGGUUUGCUUCGGUCUCAGCAUCUUGUGCAACUUGAUACUCCGGUGGUACAUGUCCAAUGAAAACAAGAAGCGCGACAGGGCAUUUGCCAACGGCGAAAUUCAGGCAGUAGACGGCGAAUUGGAAGGUUUCUUCGACAAAACUGACAGGGAGAACAAGGCCUUCAGAUACGUCUUAUAGGGCAGUGGAAACGUGAGUGCAGCGAAGGCGAUUCCACAAGUACUAGGCACAUCCUAGGAUAGCCACACCCUAGUUUAGAGCAGAACAUGGCCAGAUUCAUG